UAUUACAAUCUUCACGACACGUUAUAUAUCUCAACGCUUCCUUCUUCUCUUCUGCAACUCUUUUGGUCUCAGUAAGAUUCCGAAUUUAAUCAGCUUUUCUCUCAAAUAUGAAUCCUCGACUGGAAUGUCAGAUACACCAGCAAAAGCUGCCGCCAUCGGAAGGGAUGAAAAACACAGUCAAUGUCGUACUUGAAACCAUAACUGAAAAGAUCCAUCAAGAUCCGGUCACCGGAAUCCAAACCCUAGUUGGAUCGAACCACCAGGCCUACCCCGACUUCAACUUUAGUAUCGAAAGCACCUGUCACAGUCACAUCCGUGAUCUCCUCCUCGAUCAGCUAAUGAUACAUCGUUCGUCAAGCAGAAUCUUAGCCUCACACAUCGCUUCUGCUGCAAACAACUUAGGUUUUGGCGUUAACGGCUUCGUUAUAACCCUGCUCGUGACUGUAACGAAGCGUGUCUACGUUGUGCUAUCGGAGUCUGCGCUUCAGGUUCAGAGGCUGCUUUGUGAAGGAAUAAUCGAUGGAGAUGAACUCAAGAGAUUGAAGAUGGAAGCAGAACCGUGUUCCAUCUGUCUGGAGCAUCUCUUGGGUUCCAAGACCGGUGGUGUUCCCACACGCUUGCCAUGCUCGCAUGUCUUCCACGACCGCUGUCUCACGAAGUGGUUCUCCCGCAAAAAUACUUGCCCCAUGUGCCGGAGAGUUUUGUUUGAAUGAUUCAAGUUUUACAUAACUUCAGUUUUUCUUCUGCUAACAUAUGCAACUUAGAAAGAGAGCAAGAACAUAAAUU